CUGGCCAAUUCGUCCGUAGACGUGAACUUGGUUUCUCACCGAAAACAUCGGCAUCACAACUCGUGCGCAUUCCUUACAUUAUCUAUUAUAAAGCAGUUUCCCUAAUUGGAAAUUAUUUGGUUACACAAUUGCUUGGCUUAAAAUGUGGCGUCUAAUAUCGUUGGCAUUAAGUUUCGUGUUUUACUUGUCGGCGAUAAAUCGUGGUGACGCUGCUCCAGUGACCAGUGUUGACGAAGCAGCGGGAUACCUGGCGAGAUUUGGCUAUUUAGACCGUGGACACCAGAACUCUUCCUAUUCGGCAGUUAAAUCAGCUAAAUCUUUCAGUGAUGCAAUCAAAGAUUUUCAAUCCUUUGCUGGAUUGAAUAAAACGGGUAAACUUGAUACGGAGACGAAGAAAUUGAUGAAUAAACCGCGUUGUGGUGUUCCGGAUCGAGUUCGCCCUGGUUCUUCAAGCACUCGCCAGAAACGAUUCGCACUUCAAGGGAGCAAGUGGCCUAAGAAACAAUUGACUUAUAAAAUUAAGAAAUACACGACGGAUAUGAGCAAAUCCGACGUGGACCGUGAGAUCGCCAGAGCCUUUCAGAUGUGGGCGGACGUGACCGAUUUGACCUUCGUCCAUCUCAAUCAAUCGGCUAACGUCGACAUCGAAAUACUUUUUGCGUCUGGAGAACAUGGUGAUUGCCCACCCUUCAAUGAUGGCCCGGGUGGCGUAUUAGCUCACGCUGCCUUUCCUGUAAACGGAGGUGGUGCUCAUUUUGACGAAAGCGAAACCUGGACUCUCAACUCUGAUAAAGGGACGAAUUUAUUCCAGGUGGCUACUCACGAGUUCGGCCACUCUUUAGGGCUGGAUCAUGUCAACGUGAGCAGCAGCACAGCUGUGAUGUAUCCAUAUCACGAGUAUAGUUCUAAAUUCAAAUUAGACAAGGGCGAUAUUGAAGGCAUUCAGAAACUGUACGGGAUAAAUCAGUUGGGGAAAUUUUCGAUCGAAUUAAAAGGCACGGAAGAGGAAUUGGAGAAAGCGAAAAAAAAAUGGAAAGCGGAACUCAAAGGGACUAAACAGGAGUUGGAGACGGCAAUUGCUGAUUUAAGCAAAAAAGUCGAUAAUUUAAUACUAAACUUAAAUGGUAAAAUUAGAAAUAGAGCCACAACAAGUGAAAUAGUUGACAUUGGUAAAAUGCCAACCUCCUGUACAGAUCUGCAGCAGAUAGGGCAUAAACUGAGCGGAUUCUUUCUGGUGAAAGGAUCGAAGAAGAUGGAGACUGUUUACUGCAACUUUUACUCUAAUGGAAAAGAUUUGCAGAAAAAAAUCGGAUACGCCGACGUCAAAUCCGCACCCGUCCAUUUCUACGUCCAGAGAAAAAAUCAUUUCAACGAAAUUAGAACUCCUAUUCCGUUCGAAGUGGCGCUGGUGAAUGAGGGAAAUGCCAUGGAUUUGGCAUCGGGGAAGUUCACGGCACCGCGACGAGGAAUCUAUUUCUUUUCUUUCACAGGAAUAGCGGAGUUUCCAGAUAAAUCUUUGUAUUCUUUUUUAAAGCUUUAUUUUUAUUCGAAUGAUUUGAUCAUUGGGCACCUUUGGAUUGAAGAGAGCACCCAGAGUUAUCAACGAAGUCCUGGUUCCCUCCAGUUUACGCUCAGUAUGAAACCGGGGGAUCAAGUUUGGGUGGCAAUUACAGAGCUGGCAGACAGAGUUUACCUUUUUGGAAAUGAAGGCACCUUCACCCAUUUCACUGGUUUCAUGCUGGAGGAGGAAAUUGCCACCUCUCUUUGAGAUUUUGUGGUCAUUAUCCGAAAUGCACCAAAUGAUAAUCAACCGACAGUCACCAUGAAAUUGAAUUUUUUUUCCACGCUUACAUAAGCGGAGAUGCAAAAAAUCUAUUCAAUUUUAAUUGAUUAGAGGGUGGGGUAUUAUCCAAAUGUAGAUACACUUAAUGCACAGCAAAAUUACGUCUUUAUCCGCAAUAAUAUAGAGUUUGAAUGCCAGAAUUUAAAAAUAUAUGCAUAAUUUCGUUGUUCCAAAAUUAAGAAAAAAGAAGGUUUUUCGUGUAGUUAAUUUCAAUUAAGAAAUGAAAAAAACCUCAAAAGAAAAUAAUGUAGCGGCGACAGAAAGAAACAGCUGUAUAAAACACUAAGCGCAGCCAGCAAGUAUAGCUCAUUUAAGAUCUUUAGUACAGCGAGCACAGUGAAACUAUUGCACGAAUGGAGAUACAAAGGUUUGAAAUGUGUUCAUUAAAAA